AUCACAGAGAUACAAUGUGUGACAGUCACAGCCCUCCACAGCACCGGACACUGAGGAAGAGCAUCCUGACGGACACCGGCCUAAGUGGUGUGAAUACUGAUCAACACUACUGGAAACAGGAAGAGCAGGUGGGACCAUAUCCUUUCUGCUUCACCUGGGUUUUGUUAGAUGGAAAGGGAAACCUAUCUGAACUUUGCUUCUUAGAGCCGGGGCUUUCCUGGAUGAUAAUACUUUUUGAUGGAUCAUGAUCCACUCUGGUUGCUCUCCACUGAACUCACCUGAGAUGUCGAGCGGCCUCCUGUGGGCUUGCACUGCACUUGUUUUGAUGUCUGCAGAAGUUUCUACACAUGUGUAAAUACGUCCAGAUGUUCAAAUCUGAUUGGAGAAUCAAAGAAAAAUCUACGUCCCGGACAUCGACAGAGAUGGUUUCAACACAAACGCUUGACAAACUGAAGAGAAAACAACAUUUACACAUGGAGAAUCCUGGUUCUAUCUCGAGCCGGUGAAGUAUGGAGAAAGCUGUGCCAGGUCUGAUGCUGGGUCUCCUGACCAAUAACACAACUCCAAAUGACACGUCCGGCCAGCGGAUCACAACCAAGCCUACCCCUCCCAGCAUGGAGGAGGUCAUCCACUCGGAAUCCCAGAUUAAGGAUCUUGUUGGGUUGUUUUGCAUGGUGACCCUUAACCUGGCAGCACUAUUGGGCAACAGCGGAGUCAUGGUGGCCAUUGCCCGAGCUCCUCACAUGAAAAAAUAUGUGUUUGUUUGUCAUCUUUGUGCAGUUGACUUGCUUUGUGCUAUAUUGUUGAUGCCUCUCGGGAUAGUGUCUAGUUCUCCGUUCUUUAGCACUGUAGCGUUUACUGUUCUGGAGUGCCAGGUGUACAUCUUUUUAAACGUGUUCCUUAUCUGUGCCUCUAUUCUUACCGUGACUGCGAUCAGUAUUGAACGCUACUACUAUAUUGUCCAUCCUAUGCGAUACGAGGUAAAGAUGACUCUCAGCCUUGCAUUUGGGGUUAUGGUCUUCAUUUGGGUCAAAUCCAUCCUGUUGGCUUUGGUUACGCUUCUCGGUUGGCCAGCGUAUGGGAACCAGAGCUCCAUCGCAGCGGCCCAUUGCUCUUUACACUGGAGCCACAGUCGCCUCAGGAAGGUUUUUGCUAUUCUCUUCAGCGUGCUUUGCUUCUUGGUCCCUGCUGUUGUGAUUUUUACAGUAUAUUGCAAUGUAUACAAAGUCGCACGAACAGCUGCCCGUCAGCACGUACCACUGCCCAGCUGGGCGGCCAACCAAGCUAAGCAUCGCUCGGAUUCCAUCAACAGCCAGACCACCAUCAUCACCACCACCCGCAGCCUGCCCCAGAGAUUGUCUCCUGAGCGAGUUUUUGGUGGUGGAAAGGCUGCUAUCACCUUGGUUGUCAUUGUGGGCCAGUUUCUUAUUUGCUGGCUCCCGUACUUCAGUUUCCACCUUUACAUGUCCAUCACCACUCCGCUUCAGAGCCCAGGGGACAUCGAAGAAGCCGUCACUUGGCUAGCGUAUUCCUCGUUUGCUGUGAAUCCAUUCUUCUAUGGCCUUCUGAACCGACAGAUUCGCGAGGAACUGAUAAAACUGAGAAAAUGUUGCGCCAGUAGACCUGUUGAACUUCGAGCCUCAAGUCACGAAGGUUCCAUCCAUGAAAACUUUCUUCAGUUUCUGCAAAGGACCACCAGCACGGCUGAGACCACCAGACCCAGUUGUGGCGAUUCUAGUCCGAGGGAUACUGUGGAUCAGGGUGCCAGGUUACCUGGCCAGAUCCCUGAGGAAUGACUUGGAAAAUGUGUGAGUACUUGUAUGAAAGGUCAUGACUUUUGAAUUUUUUUUUUAUUAAGAAAAGCAUUAUAUAUGUGGAUGACUAAUUAUAUAUGAAAGGGUUAGUUCACCCAAAAAUGAAAAUUCUGUCAUUAAUAGUCACCCUCAUGUUGUUCCAAACCUAUACAAUUUUCAUUCAUCUUCAGAAUUUUUUUUGAUGAAAUUUGAGAGUUUUAACACACAAGAAUGAACCUCACUGGUUCUUGUUGAAGUUUAAAUGUGAUGUGUAAAAUAUAGUACGAGAAUGAACCUCAUUGGUUCUCACACCUUAAGCGAACAUGCUUGAACUUCCGUUUAUCUUAACUGAUGUGUGAGUUGAAUGUUUAUUUGUGAAUUAAAGCCUAAAUUCAAUCUGUCCAUCAAGCGAACAUGUCUCUUCAGAAAAUUUAGACUAAAUGGCUCAAUUCAUAUGGAUUACAUGUUAUAUAUUGUCAAUGGAGGGACAGAAAUCGCUCAGAUUUUAUUAAAAAUAUAUUUUAUUUAUUCUUUUAUCUUUUAUUAAAAAUAUCUAAAUAGAAUUUAAAUUUUUGGGUAAACUAACCCUUUAAAUCAAUGCAAAUUUAGAUCUAAAUUAUCUUUGGACUAGUGUAAUCUAUUUAUCCAUAAUUUCUUGUCAUGAAUCCUAUUGAUAAGUGGCAAUAUUCAUGAUACGAUUAAAUAUCAAAUUCCUUUUGUUGCAUACAUGUUGAUUUAUUUCCAACUGUUAAAAUGUUGAGUUUAUUGAGAAUUACUCCGUUAUAAUUAAUUCAUUACAUAAUAUCAACACCCGUACUCAAUAAUUACCAUUAUUUCAUGGCUGUUAAUUGUGUGUGCAGCCACUAUAUUGAUGACACAAAUUGUCAUUAAUAUUAAUGUAUAUAUUUUUUUUUCUCUGUGAAAAUAAAACAUGUUUCUUACAUU